AUGGCGGGACGAAAUUCUGAAGUAGAGUAUUUAGCAAAAGCUAACUCUCUUUUACUUUUAUUUCUACAGCAAAUUUUUCGUGCUUCUACCACUUCUCCUGUAUUUAAAGUGAUAAAGAUGAAAGUAGAACAAAGAAAGAAGCUACUUCAAAUAAAGGAUAAAAAAUGUAUGUCUUCAAGAGUAUAUAAGUGGAAAGGAGACGCAGAUGCUGCAGGAAUAUUUAAAUGUGACGCAAGUGCGCCAGUUUGUGAACGUGAAGCGGAUGCAGAAGGUGAAAAUGUGACGCAGAUGCAAGAAACGUAA